GGUUCAUGGUGUCUCGGAGGAGAAUCCAGCUCCAGUCUCUGGCAGACUGUCUCAAGCUCAAAUCUGGGCUCACUCUGCCCCCCAGUGGCCAGAGGUGUGCUUGCAGAUGGACCCUCACUGCUGCUCCUCUGGAUGAUCCGCCUCCUGAACCGCCUGUACGAGACGUGAUGGCCAUCGUUUGGUCCCUGGAAAGACACAAACAGAUGCAUGGUUUUAACAGAAAAUACUGCUAGUCUCAAACAUCUCAAAUAUUGAAAAUCGACACCAAUUUCCUGCCUGUGCAAACUCAGAAUACCACAAGUUUAUCAUGGUCAUCUGGCAGUGUUCCCAACAAAACGUCCGGUUUAGUUUCAAAGUAAAAGCAUGGUAAAAGCCUUUUGGUUGUGAAUCGUAUCGUUUAUAAAAUGAGGAGGCUACGCAUGCUGGGAGCAAUCAGGUUAAGCUUCAGAUUUUCGGCAACCCUUAAAAGAUACAACAACUUAUUGGAAGCCUAUUGUUUAACUUUGAGAGGAGCCCCCGCUACCUCCUCGGUUUGCUCUUCCCCCUCCAAGAUGGAGGCCUUAGGGGGCUACCCUACAAAGUCCUCAAACCCGAAAGCAAAAAGGUUGACGGUCCUGUUGAGCAUGACAGUCGGUGUCGGAUGUUUGUUUCUCCUUCAGUCUCGGCUGAUGAAGCCGAGAAAAUCAACGGAUUUUUAUUCGUUUGAGGUGAAAGACGCGAAGGGGAGGACGGUGUCGCUGGAGAAGUACCGAGGGAAAGCGUCUUUGGUUGUAAACGUGGCGAGUUACAGCGAGCAGACGGAGGCGAACUAUCUAUCCCUGCAGGAGCUGCACAGGGAGCUUGGCACAUCUCACUUCAACGUGUUGGCCUUUCCCUGCGGUCAGUUUGGGGACACUGAGCCCGGGACCAGUCGGGACAUCGAGGCUUUCGCCAAGUCCACCCACGGAGUCACCUUCCCCUUCUUUAGCAGGAUCAAAAUAAUGGGCUCAGAGGCGGACCCUGCCUUCAAAUUCCUCACAGAUUCUGUGCAGAAAAUUCCCAGGUGGAACUUCUGGAAAUUUCUGGUUAAUCCAGAGGGGAACGUGGUCCGAUUCUGGCGAACGGACGAGCCCAUGGAGAGUGUUAGACAAGAGGCCACGGCGUUGGUGCGAGAAAUCAUUGUAAAGAAACGGGGGGAGCUAUAAUGGAGAUGGAUAGGGGACACAUGUAUGUGUGUUGUGACCUUGUUUCCUGUGCUUUGAUAGCAAGGAAAGACUGAAUGCUGAGCUGCUACAGUGAGCGUGGUUAGUGAAGUCUGGCUCCACAAACUUUCAGUCAUUCAAAUGUAGUCAGAGUGUGUUUGGGUGCGUGGGAAACAUCCUGUGGUUAAUAAUGACAAUCAUGAUGAACAUUCCUUAUAAUGACCACUGCUGCAGCCCAAGGAUUGCUUAGUCAUUGAAGUGUUUGAUUUUUGAUUUUUCAAAUGUUCAGUUUGCCUUUGUCUGUACUUUGUACCAUCUUUUUCUAAUGUUUACAUUAAAAUCAAAUUCUUAAGUGAAGCAUAA